GAAACAUCAACAAAAACGAGCUGACAUUAGGCUCCGAGUCUGGCGACCAGGCAUUCAAUCUGGAAGCGUCACCUACAUUUCCCACCCGGAGCUUCGCCGGUUUCUAACCACGGCCGCUCUCGGUGAGGAAACUCUGGCCUCCGCUUCCUCCUCCUCCGACUCGGACACCGGCGGAGCGUCGCCGCCCCCGCGGAAGAAACACCGAGCCUCGGCGGCGGAGGGAGCAGGAGAGCCCGGGGCUUCAGCCGUUGUGACAGGCCUCUCUGGAAUUGUUCUGGGACUUGCCGCAAACUCUCAAACCACCUCCACCAUCCACUUUAAUCGCAGUCUUGUGAACAACUUUAGCAGCAGCAUGCAGUCAAACGGGGCAGGACAGGGGCAAGAAUCCGCGGAGCUUCCCUGCCUGAACAGCGCACAAAACGGGGAGUCAUCCUCGGCCGGUGGGACCCACUCAAACGGGCUUCUGUCGAACGCGGACAACGGGAACGGCGUCGGCACCAGUAACGGCUCUUCGGUCGGCCCCUGCUCGGGGACGUCGGCCACCUCCACGGCCUCGAGCUCGGAGGUGGGCUCGCUGAAGAAGAAGAAGCGGCUGUCGCAGGCGGAGGAAGAUGUCAUACGAUUAAUAGGGCAACAUCUCCACGGACUAGGGCUGAAUCAGACGGUGGACCUGCUGAUGCAGGAAUCGGGCUGCAGACUGGAGCACCCUUCAGCGUCCAAAUUCCGCAACCACGUCAUGGAAGGGGAGUGGGACAAGGCUGAGAAUGAUCUCAACGAGUUGAGAGCACUGAUGCAUUCGCCCAACGCUAUUGUGCGGAUGAAGUUCCUGCUGCUGCAACAGAAGUACCUGGAGUAUCUGGAGGAUGGCAAGGUCCUGGAGGCUCUGCAGGUUCUCCGGGGAGAGCUGACGCCGCUCAAAUACAACACAGAUCGGAUCCACGUCCUCAGCGGGUACCUAAUGUGUAGCCACGCCGAGGAUCUCCGGGCCAAGGCAGAGUGGGAGGGCAAGGGCACCGCCUCGCGCUCCAGGCUGCUGGAUAAACUACAGACCUACCUGCCCCCCUCUGUGAUGCUGCCCCCUCGGCGACUGCACACUCUGCUGCGGCAGGCCGUGGAACUGCAGAGGGAUCGCUGUCUUUAUCACAACACCAAGCUGGACAACAACCUGGACUCGGUCUCCCUCCUCCUCGACCACGUCUGCAGCAGGAAACAGUUUCCCUGUUACACCCAGCAGAUUCUGACAGAGCAUUGUAAUGAAGUGUGGUUCUGCAAAUUCUCAAACGAUGGCACCAAACUAGCAACCGGCUCCAAAGACACUACUGUCAUAAUUUGGCAGGUGGACCCGGAGAGCCACCAACUGAAGCUGCUGCGGACCCUGGAGGGGCACGCAUACGGAGUCUCCUACUUGGCCUGGAGUCCCGACGACACCUACCUGAUCGCCUGUGGACCUGAUGAUUGCUCUGAGCUCUGGCUCUGGAAUGUUCAGACGGGGGAGCUGCGGACCAAGAUGUCCCAGUCCCACGAAGACAGUCUUACCAGUGUGGCCUGGAAUCCUGACGGCAAGCGCUUUGUCACCGGAGGACAAAGGGGCCAGUUUUAUCAGUGUGACCUGGAUGGUAACUUGUUGGACUCCUGGGAGGGCGUGAGAGUUCAGUGCCUGUGGUGCCUGAACGAUGGGAAGACUGUGCUGGCCUCGGACACCCAUCAACGUAUCAGAGGGUACAACUUUGAGGACCUCACAGACAGAAACAUAGUUCAAGAGGACCACCCUAUCAUGUCUUUUACCGUUUCAAAGAACGGUAGAUUAGCUUUGUUAAAUGUAGCAACUCAGGGAGUGCACCUGUGGGAUCUUCAAGAUCGGGUGCUGGUGAGGAAGUACCAAGGUGUGACCCAGGGCUUCUACACCAUCCACUCCUGCUUUGGAGGACACAACGAAGACUUCAUCGCCAGUGGCAGCGAAGACCAUAAAGUGUACAUCUGGCAUAGGCGUGGCGAACUUCCUAUUGCCGAGCUCACAGGCCAUACACGCACCGUUAACUGUGUGAGCUGGAACCCAGCCAUCCCGGGCCUCAUGGCGUCGGCCUCAGACGACGGCACCGUGCGCAUCUGGGGCCCCGCUCCGUUCCUCGACUCGCAAGAGGCGGACGGACUCAACGAAAACAGCAGUAACAUGGACAGUUGAUGGUGACCUUCAGAGCUGAGGAUGUCUCAAUUUGACAACAAUCCCAAGAAUUCUACAGUAAAACAAAAAACGUAAAUGGGCAAAUCAAAAUUGAUCUCACCAGAAAGAAAGUGAAGAAAACCCAACAAAUGUCACCGACCCAUCAGAGAAAAACAAAAGUGAGGGGGGGAGAAAAAAAAAGUGGCUCCGGACCGGCCUCGACAAAUGGUGGACGCGAUGACGGAUUCCCUGGAAUUUCAGGUCCCAAAAAAAAAAUUUAAAAAUUUGGAUCCCUUUCUAAAGGCCUGGAAAGUCUGUAAAUGCUCGGUGGGAUCCUCCUCUGAUGAACUCUUAACAGCUGUUCUCCUCACUUCUAACUGACCCCCUCGUCCUCCACGUCGUCCCACAUUCAGUGGACAUGCCAGGUCUCUGCAAGUAUCUGAGGAAAUCCAUGUCCACCUCCGAGCUCGGGGGGGAGGGGCCCGCUGCAUCCUCGCGACGCCUCCAGACGGACAGGGCGGACCAGCCCUCUCCUUGCCGGACUACAUCCGUCUGCCCGUUUGUCUCAGACUCUCUAAUGUCUCCAUGGACAUGGGUGGGGAUCUGUUGUCGGGGGAGGACGGUGCAUAGGGGGCUCUAGUAGGUCAUCUGUGUGUGUGUUUUUUUUCUUUACCCUUUUUACUUGCUAAAUUCUUCGGUCAUUUGGACAAAAGCUGAAAGUUCACGGUGAAACCAUCGACCCGACCAGCUGACAAAGAACACCAAUAGGCUAUGCUAACUGUUUGAAGUUUUUUUUUUUUUUUUUUUAUGAUAGUCAUAGCGUUCAUUCUUGUUUAAGAGGCGAACCUUAGCUCAUCUAGUGCCCAAGGAAAACUUCAGCGUGAAGAUUCCACUUUGUUUCUCAGCAUUAAGAGGGGAAAAAAAAAAACUUUUAUCCCCCGCUUUUAACAUCUAUCACGGACAGCUCCCCCCCCCCCAUUCCCUCCCUCAUGUCGAGCUAGCCUGUGCACAACUCCCCGUUACAUCUGCCUAGGAGGAGGACAGAGUGAUCCACAGGUUACAUAUCCACUGUGAGGGGGUCACACACUGUUGGCGAGGUGUGCUUUCCACCAUCGAGACAUGCAUAUAUAUAGAUAUAUAUAUAAAACAGAGACCUUUCUCAGAAAGAGACGCUUUCAGACGUGGAGUGCAACUUCAUUUGCACGCUUAGUGACUGCUGUCCCUCCUGUGUGAGAGUGGAUGCGUGUGAGUGUGAGUAAUAGUGACAGAGUGAUCUUUUUCUUUUUUUUUUUUUUUUUGCAUGCACACAGUAGAGCGAGAGUGGACCUUAUUGGGUGCAGAUUUAAUUGGCGCGUGUUUUGUUUUUUCUUGUACGUGUGCAAGCUCGCACCAGCAGAAGAUUCUCUCCCCCCUCUUCUCCCUCAUCAGCUGUUUUCAUAGUAAGAUUAAGGAUUUUAAACCAGUUCUGAGUUAUCCAAAGCCCCAUAGGGACCUCCAUCUGUGGAACAAAGAGAACAAAAGAGCCAUUUUGUAAAAAAAAUAAAUAUAUAUAUAUCUUUUUCUUUUAAUAUGGGGCUUUAAUUUUUACAUUAGAAUGUGUUUUGUCCUCAACGAUGCAGCAUUCAACUGGCACUGAGAUGUUGACAUCAGACAUGUUGGGUGAAGCAAAGCAAAAUCCGAAGAAAAAAAAACAACAACAAUGCUAUUUAAGCGAGACGUCUAUAGAAGGAGGCUGAAUGGCGCCACCAGUGGGCAUGGGCCGGUGUGAGACUUCAAGGUAUCACAAUAUUACCAGAAAACUAUAAAACAAAAAGAUCCAGUUUUUUUUUUUUUUUCUUAAAACAAAACGCCAACAAUUAUUCUUACUCCCGCUAAAAUAUGAUCACAAAUGUAUAAUUGCAGGUAUAAUAAUGUUGUAUUUAAUAUUUAUUUAUUAUUCUGAUUUUGAUCAAUUUGACUUGGAACAAAAAUAUAGACACCCACUGCGUUUUAUUAAUGAUGUUUUAUUUUUAGGAAAAAAAAUAUAUAAUUUUUCGGGAUCCGACGCCUUUUUUCCCUUCUGAUCUUCAGAGUAAGAGAAGCAGGGCGAGCUGAGAUGAUUGGUUGAUUAGUUGAACCACCUGCGCUGGUAGCCGGCCUGCAGUCGGCUCCUCGACAAGCUUUCCAUCUGUAGUUUUAAAACAGCGUUGCCGUGUAAGAGUGAUUGCUGGAGCUACUUUAGUUGCCAAAAUAACCCGCUGGAAUAGAGAAAUGUUUACUCUGUGCUCCAUUCAGCUUCAGAUCAUUCUCUUUUUCUCUGGCAUCCUAUUAAAAUUACUUUACACAGGAAGACUGGAUGGACUUGCGGUUUUAGGGCUGUAACUUUCUUUUUUUUUCUUUUUUUUAAUGUUCAAAUACCAUGAUACCGUUAACCGGCCCAUGCCCAGUUAUCAGCAAAAUAUUGUUCCCUCAGAGAAGUUAUCUGUCCAGUUGUUAAUAGAAAGAUGAGGCACCAAUAACUAAAGCGGCACCCUGAGCGCGUAGUUUGGGACUUUUGCAAUUCUGAAUCAAAACACAAUCUGCCUUUUCUGUUCCUACAGUUGCACAGACCCCCCCCCCCCCCCCCCCCCCCCCCCCCCUCGGUAUGUAUGACUCCCUCACUGCACUUUGAGUGGUCUUUCUGCUCUCCUGCACAGUGACGCUGUGGCAGAAAUCUUCAGUUUGGUUUCCACAGGGGGAAAAAAAAAAAACAAAAAAAGGGUUACAUUGGUAAAAAAAAAUCCAACACCUAACAGGAGAUUUUCAAGAGUGAGUCAAGUCCUCACCAUGCCUCUAUGCACCCGAUGUGAGCGACCGGCCCAAACGUGAUGAAACUCAGCAUUAUAAAGGCGUUGCAGCCUCGUCUUGAAGGUACCACCCUGGGAGCUUAGAGUUCAGCACCAACAGCCCCCUUUGCUCUCCAGCCAAGUUAUUCAGUGGUCUUUGCACCAUUUAAAGCUUUCUUCCUCCCUUAUUUCAGGGUAUGUAAUGACAAUUCGCUACAGACUGAUAUAGUAAAAAUGUUUAAACCAGUGCUUUUGUCUGUUUUUAUUGAACUUUUUUGUUACUUAAUUUUUUUUUUUUCUUUUUGUUCACGUAUAUCAUUUUUGUUUGAUCUCUAUCCCUGUAUGAUCAUAUUAAAAUAUAACCAGACA